AUGGAGUUCGUCGUGAGAGGCCGCAUAGUCGUUCAGAAGAAGCACAUACUCGAGCUCGGCAAUGUGGCUGCCGAUGUUGCGGAUGAUAUCGGGGACCUCCUUGGCAACAAGGUGACUCUGCAACUUGUGAGCACCGAGCUUGAUCCAGAAACCGGGGACUGCAAACAGAGCCCGGAAGUGGCAGUGAGUGACUGGUUUCUAUCCAAGGAUGGUUUCGUACCUGACGACGUCCAAUACGAAAUUAUAUUCCAGCUCCACACGUCGUUCGGCAUCCCUGGAGCCUUCGCGAUUAGAAAUCACCACAAGCACGAGUUUUAUCUCAAGUACGUAAAGCUCGAGCUACCUGAUGCCACCGUCCUUCACUUUCCAUGCAACUCCUGGGUGUACCUUCCUAGCGAUACCCCACCAGGAUUGACUGAGCUCCGAGAGCGUGAGCUGCGAGACCUGCGAGGAGAUGGAACAGGCGAACGACAUGAGUCGGAUAGAAUAUAUGACUAUGAUCUGUAUAACGACCUCGGAAAUCCUGAAAAAGGCCCGGAUAUGAUUCGCCCCGUUCUUGGUGGAUCCAGAGAGCAUCCAUAUCCACGUCGCUGUCGGACAGGCAGGAGUCCUGCAAUAUCAGAUCCUUCUGCCGAGAGUAUGCCAGCUCAAAGAAAAGAUUUCUAUGUUCCAAGCGAUGACAGGCCCAGCAGGCGGAAACAGUGUGCUUUGUUCGAAGAGAAACUCAAGGCAGCUGCACAUAGCCUGCUCCCGGUGUUAAAGUCUGUUUUCGGAAGGAGUUUUAAAUCAUUCGAAGAAGUUAUGCAACUUUACCACCAAGAGAUGAGCGUGGAAGCAUCCACGACAGCGGAUGACGAGGAGAAACACAGUCCACACACCGUCCUUGUCCAGAAUGAGUUUAAGGACUGCAAGAACACAAGCUGGCUGAGAUAUCCAAUCCCGCAAAUCGUUGCGAGAGUUUCAGCUGAUGAGUGGGCCUGGUCAUCCGACUUGGAAUUCGCUCGCCAGACUAUCGCGGGGGUUCAUGCGCUGAAAAUUACCUGCAUGAAGGCAUUUAUACCUGAAAGCAGACUUGAUCCAUCGAAAUACGGGGCACCAUCCUCUCUAAAACCGGAGCACAUUGAAGAGCAGCUCGAGGGAUUGUCAGUUCAAGCGGCUCUCCGAGGAAGAAAACUCUUCAGCGUCGACUACUACGACACCUUCAUGCCAUUUUUGAGUAGGAUCAAUGCGCAAGAAGGGAUCCAGUCGUACGCGUCUCGUUCCAUCUUCUUUUUAACUAAGCAGGGCUGCCUUAAACCAGUUGCCAUAGAGCUAAGCUUGCCACCACAAACUCCGGACACAAGUAGUCACAGGGUGUUUGUGCCACCCUUGUCUGCCGAGAAAAAAGACUGGUUAUGGGAUCUUGCUAAAGCACACGCAGCUUGCAACGAUGCAACGUACCAUCAAGUCGUAAGCCACUGGACAUAUACACACGCGGUGUUAGAACCUUUCAUACUGGCGGCUCGUCGACAUCUGAGCACCAUGCACCCUCUGCAUCUCUUGCUGGAUCCACAUUUCAAGGACACGCUGGCGAUGAAUGCAUUGGCAAGAAAGACGCUUACGAGCGCGGGUGGUGUCAUUGAAAAGAGCUUCUCGCCAGGAAAGUACUCGUUUGAGAUGUCCUCGGCCGCAUACGACUCCUGGAGUUUCGACGAUCAAAGCCUGCCAGCUGAUUUGAUCAAGAGGGGCAUGGCUGUGCCGGACGAGAAAGAAAAACACGGACUUAAGCUGACCAUCGAGGACUAUCCGUAUGCUAUCGACGGACUGGAGAUUUGGAGCGCUAUAAGGCGCUGGGUGCACGAGUUUAUAAACAUUUUCUACAAGAGCGAUGGAGCUCUCCAGGCAGAUAACGAGCUCCAGCAAUGGUGGAGCGAGGUGAGAAGCACCGGGCAUGGAGACAAGAGUCAUGAGAAAUGGAUCUCUGGCAUAGACUCUAAGGCCAACUUGGAAAAUCUUCUCACAACUUUGAUCUGGACAGCCUCGGGUCGCCAUGCAGCAGUAAACUAUGGACAGUACGCUUACCAAGGAUUUCUCCCAAAUCAUCCCUCCAAGACACACAGGCUCAUACCGCAAGAAGGGACCAAAGAACACGCGGAGAUGCGAGAAAACCCCGAGAGAUUUUUUCUCAGUGUGAUCCCGACCAAGGCCGAGACUGCCAUGCUCCUCACAACACUGGAAGUUCUCUCAACACAUCCAGAGGAGGAGGAAUACCUGGGACAGCGCACAGGCGACGAGCACUGGACGAGCAACCGCGAAAUCCUGGCGGCAUUCCACGCAUUCUCGCGCAGCAUCGCGGAGAUUGAGAGCGGGAUUGAGCAGCGCAACAGCGAUCCACAGCUCAAGAACAGGAGAGGGCCAGCGAAUGUACCUUACACGCUCCUGUGCCCGCGAUCCGGCGCCGGGAUCACGGGGAGAGGGAUCCCAAACAGCAUCACGAUCUAGCAGCGCACCGAAAUAUCACGAUCUAGCAGCAUUCACCGAAAUAAAACGAAG